CUGCGAUGACAACGCAAUCAAGCACUUUGUGUCUUCUUUUUAUUCCUAUAAAACAGGACACACCACAUCGAACACUGGGACCAGGCUACUCAGUGCGAGGCCUGUAACAGAAUUCUGGAGGCACCGCUGGGAUCGGCAUCCGACAAAAGAAGAUGCUGAUCUCCUAAUCUACGAAUCCAAGGCAGACGUGACGGCAGAAGCAAGUUGAAGCAGCGUGGCGACUGAGGCAGCAACAGGACCAACGCGUGUGAGAGGGACCUUCGCUGGAGGAGUGCAGCACCGCUUGCCCGAGACAACAAAGCUACAGUCUGUCGUUGAGUAACACAAUCAACAUGGGAGAACGUGUACGUAAAGAGCUGACGUGGGAGGUAAAGAAAAUACUCCACGAGUUGACAGCACAAGAACUUUUUGAAAUUAUUGAGGACAUCACACCGGUAUCAGAUGUUGAUUCUUCUGGGGUAAUUAAGGGUGAUGAAGAGAGUUGUUUUGACUAUAAAUGUACUUACUUAAAUUGUAGGACACUACUAGAGUCAGAAGAUGAAGGUAUUGCAUGCUUACUAUCUCUAAGAGAUACGAUUAAUGACAUCAGAGCCAGUCGUUUCGCCGAAGUCCGUCACGCUAAGCAAACAUAGUGUGUUGUCAUUAACCCACCACCCUUACAAUUGACAACUAUACAACAGGGACAGAGGGAUAACAGUGAUGACACAUUGCCACAUUUUUCCGCUGAUCCACAAGCACUCGAGUACCAAAUAUUAAUGGCCAAUUAUGAGUCGUUGGGGAGAAAGAUAUCUGAAUAUGAAACACAGAAGACACGCACGUAUAACGCAACACAUACGUACGACUCCACAAACAUGCCUACUUUGACUGAUACACGGCAAGCCCAUACCGCCAUGCACACACCCACCUCACCUGGUACCCAAACACUACAUCAAGCCGCUUCUCAAGCUCGCCCUAUUAGUAUGGUUCCUUUACGAGAUAUACCCUUACUUCAGCGUAGAGAAUUUAAAGUUCACGGGAGUCAGGUGGGGGACAGUGUGUCAGAUAUUAGCUACCAUGGACUUUGUAAACAGAUAGAUGAGGGGCUCAAAGCAAGUCACUCUGAAGGUGAAAUCAUCCAGGGCAUCCUCCGUAUUGUCAGACCUGGACAGUUUAAAGAUAUGCUAGUCAACAAGGAUGAUUUAACACUCUGUGAACUCAGAAGCUUUUUGCGCUCCCACUUAAGUGGAAAAAGUGGAAGUGAGUUGUUCCAGGAGUUAAUGAGCACCCGGCAGCUUGAGAGUGAAAGUCCCCAACAGUUCCUGUACAGGAUGAUUGGACUAAAACAGAAAGUGCUGUUUGCAUCUAGACAAGGUAAUAUGGACAUUGAGUAUGAACCUCGUACAGUGCAGAAUGUGUUUUUGCACACUAUUCUCCAGGGCCUCCUACCCAAAUUUAGUGACAUUCGCACCGAACUUAAACCACUGUUGUCCAACUAUGCUGUGUCAGAUGAAGCACUAAUUCGGCAUGUGAGCCAGGUGUGCGGUGAAGAGAGUGAGAGGCAGCGAAGACUUGCUCAUGGAUCUCGUCAUAAGGUAACACACGCUCACAGUGCCCAACUUGAGACUGAUAAGGACAUAGAAAAAACAUUACAGCAUAAGACAAAGAAUAAAAGCAAUGUGAUAGAGGAACUUAAUGCCAAAGUUGAUGCCCUGACAAAACUGGUUGAGUCUCUCACAGCUAAACAAAUGUUAGAACAACCCUGUAGAUGCACAAAUGCCAGACCAAGGCCCAGGCAAACAGCAAAACAAUAUAGCUGCCCCAAGUGUGCUGAAGAAGGCACAAGCCCAUGUCACCAUUGUUUUCUAUGUGGGGAGGUCGGGCACAGAGCUGUUGGCUGUCUCAAGAGGCCUCGUGUCCAGAGUACUAACCAACCCCCUGCUGAUGUCCACACCAUAAUGAACAACAGCCCCUGGAGCCCUACAGAGCUGAAGCCACCAGGGGAGAGACCAGCACAUUGGGCAGCAGUGGUGCCGCGCCCGGGAAUCAUUUUGGUGAUUUAACCCCCAACUCCAACCCUUUGUUGCUGAGUGCCAAGCAGAAACAUUGGAAUGUCCUCUCUUCAGUCCAAAGACACUGAGGUGCGUGAACAAGUAGCCCAGUUAGUAGGGAAGAAAUGCAGGGUCAAGUGCAACAUUAACAAUUUUACAGUUGAGUGUUUGCUGGACACAGGUGCUCAAGUGAGUCUUCUUGAUCGUAAGUGGGUAGAAACUUACCUUCCCGACCAUAAACCACGCCCAUUAGCAGAUCUAAUAGGGCGUAAACCUCUAAGUGUGCUCGCAGUGAAUGGGGAGCCCUUGCCGUAUGACGGUUGGGUGGGAGUGAAUGUGAGUCUCCCUGAUAAUAGCGACCCAAACCUAUCAAUACAGGUACCCUUCUUAGUAAGUAGUGUGCCCAUGGACCGCCCCCUUAUUGGUUUUAACGUAAUUGAAUGCUUGAUAAAGGGACCGAAGGGUGAGUCUGACUUCAUAUCAGCCCUUGUGACCCUCCUACGUGGAGCCUUAAGCAUUGAGAAUGACAAAGCAAUAGCACUUGUCAGUCUGAUUCAGACACAUGCCUCUCAUGAUAAUGAUGUCAGACAUGGUAUGCUUAAAGUGGGAUUUCAUGAUGUUGUUAUUCCAGCCGGUGCGGUCAGACAAGUAAAGUGCAGGAUUCCACCUAUGUUUGACACAUCAUAAAUGAUAAAUGGGUUGUACUUGUAUAGCGCUUUUCUACCUUCAAGGUACUCAAAGCGCUUUGACAGUAUUUCCACAUUCACCCAUUCACACACUGAUGGCGGGAGCUGCCAUGGAAGGCGCUAACCAGCAGCCAUCAGAGGCAAAGGGUGAAGUGUCUUGCCCAAGGACACAACGGACGUGACUAGGAAGGUAGAAGGUGGGGAUUGAACCCCAGUAACCAGCAACACUCCGAUUGCUGGCACAGCCACUCUACCAACUUCGCCACGCCGUCCCUAACCCCCUAAUCAAACCCCCUUGUGCUCUUUGAACCCAAUGAAAAUAACCCACAGUUACAGCGGCUUGAUGUCGGUGACAGUCUCUUGGAGAUUAACCAAGCAAAAGUACCCUGCUUGAGUAUCCCCAUAGGCAACCACAACAAGCAUGAGGUCACAUUAUCCUGUAAAACAAUAUUAGGCAGCAUUGAGCCUGUUGUUAAGAUAGUAUCAACUGACGAACCACAGCUGACUGAAACAAAAGUUCCUUUUGAGUCCCCAAAUGCUGAGUCUCAAAACACCAAACAGGAUACAAUAUCUUGUGUGGUGGAGCCAUGGGACCCACCUGUUAACAUUGACCACCGACAGAGGAACAACAGGAAAUAGCCAAACAACUCUUGCGAGAGGAGGCAGGAGCAUUUGCUCGAGAUGACAAUGACAUGGGGUGUAUCAAAAGUUUAGAAAUGUCGAUUGCACUUAAAGACAAUACCCCUGUUCAAAAAUCU